AUGUCAUCAUUCUGGGACAACAACAAAGACACGUUUAAGUCUGCUGGCAAAGCUACGAUGCGUGGAGUGGCCAGCGGAACGAAGGCUGUGAGCAAAGCAGGCUAUAGAACCUAUAAAAACCAUUCAGGAGGUGGUGGAGGCAGUAGCAACAAUGAUACUACUGGUGAAGUAGACCAGCCUGAGUAUAUUGGACCACCGAGACCGCUUCCCUCCAAAGACCAAUUGCUGGCACUUCCUCCUCCACCAAAGAGAAAUAUUCCCACCUAUGAAGUUCCAGAAAAAGGAGCUCCAUCUCAGUACAGUGUUCCUCAGCCUCAGCAGUAUCUUCAACAACAACCGCCACAAAAUCAACCGCAACAAAUUCAACCGCAACAAAUUCAACCACCACCACAAAAUCAACAACUAGUACAACAACCCCAAUUGUAUCAACAACCAAAUCAAUAUCAAAAUCAGUAUCAAAAUCAAAAUCAGCCAAAUCAAAUUCCGCAACCUCAGACGAAUUUGUACACUCCCGCAAAUUCGCAGCAAACAUUUUCGCAGCCAAAUGCACCAGCUCAACAACUUCCACAGCAACUCCCUCCACCAGUUAAUGGAUACUCAGAUGCUAAUGGUCAACAAGGGUAUUAUCAACAGGGCUACCAAACUACACCUCCGGCUGGUAAUGGCUAUGGGGUUCAACAUCCACAGCAGCCUCAACAGACACAACAACUUCCUCAAGGGCAACAGUCGCAGAAUGAGAUGUAUGCUCAGGCAGCCAAACUGGCACUUCCUGUUCUUCUGAAUUUGUAUCAACAACAUCAACAGGGCCAGACCCAGAACUCUGAUGCUUCGCAACAGUUUCAACAGACUCAGCAGACUCCGCAACAGCAGCAACAAGCAAUGUACUCUCUGGCCGCAAAACAUGUUCUUCCUGUUCUCCUGAACAUGUACCAGAACCAACAGCAGACUAGUGAGCUUCAGCAAGGUCAGCAAGGUCAACAGCCUCAAGGUCAGCAGCCUCAAGGUCAGCAGCCUCAAGGUCAGGUGCCUCAAGGUCAAGCUGAUUUGUAUGCUCUGGCAGCGAAGCACGCAUUGCCUGUACUUCUGAAUAUUUACCAGCAACAAUCUCAACAACAGCAACAACCUCAACAACCUCAACAACAGCAACAAUAUCAGCAACCUCAGCAAUUUCAGCAACCUCCGCAACCUCAACAACCUCAACAGCCUCAACAACCUCAACAACCUCAACAACCUCAACAACCUCAACAACAGCAACAAUAUCAGCAAGUCCAAUUGCCAUCAAACCAAUUUCAAAAUGAACUUGGUCAGCUUCCUCAACCUGGCCAACUUCCUCAACCUCCAGCUAGACAAUUGCCACCACCUCCUCCAGAACGCACUGUUCCUGCAACCCCAGGUAUUCCAAUUGCUUCAGGACAGUUCCAAGCUCAAGCUCCAUUAUCUUACGAUUCACCUUAUUACCAACCUCCAUCUACCCAACCCGCUGCAGCUGCUCAGCCAGCACCGGCAAAGACUUACGGGUUUGGUGUUGCACAAGUUCAGGAUCCAGAUGAAGCUCCUAAACCCAAGAAAGAGUUGCCUGAUCCAUCUCUGUUCGCUCCUCCUCCUAUUCGUGCAGAUAGAGUAGGACCACCAUCUACAAAAUCGGCUACUUCUGCAACUUCUCCUUCUCCUACGCAGCUUCCAGCCACUACUUCUGGCAGCAAACUGUCUGUUGGAACUGCUCCUCCUUCAGCUCCCCCUAGAGCAUCUUCUGCUGAACAAACCACUGCUCCUUCUGAAGUCAAAGAGGAACCGAAGCUUCCUUCCAAGACAAACCUCAUGGACUUUGAUAUAUCCAAAUUCGGUGCUCCUCCUCCUAAAAUAUAUAGAGGACCACAAGACGCUCUUCCCCUAAAGAAAUCUUCUGCUAAUGCUUCGGCUUCAACGGUUUCUUCUUCUUUUACACCUCCACCUCCACCGCCUGCUCGUGUUUCCCCUUCUCCUCUGCCCCAAGCGUACUCUGAACAACCUGUAAAACCACCAAAACCACCAAAACCAACCAAACCAACUAAGCCAAAGACUUUGGAAAUGGAGGAUAUACCUCCUCCAAGGCCCGCUAGAGCAGACUCUACAGAGGCUACUCCACCACCGAUGCCAGCUAGAAAGCAUGAUAUUGUUGAAAUGGAAACCCCACCUCCUAAACCUUCUAGACCAGUAAUAACAGUAGAUCUGAAGAAGGCUCCUCCUCCAACUCCUUCAAGAAAGGCAGGGGUAGCAACAGAUCGCCCAACUCCACCUCCUCCAUAUUUGGAAGUUUCUCCCCAUCCCGAAACAUCGAAUUCGCCUGUUCCUCCUCGUACACCUAAUUUUGCUGCAGAAAUCGCAAAAAGAAAUGGUCACAGUGCUUCUCCGCAGCCAGAACCAAUUCAGAAGAAGGCAGCACCUCCACCUGUAUCCAAGAAGCCACUGAGUCUUCUGACCCACGAUGCUAAAGAAGAGGAACAUGUAUCUCUGAGGAAUCCUUCUGCAAAAGGAGCUUUUAUUGAACAGCUUCAAUCGCAACUUCAAGCUACCCAUGUUGGAGAAAUUCCUCAUAAGGUUCCUCCUCCAGUACACUCAAAACUAGGACCUAAACCCUUCGAAAAAAAUGCACCAGUAAAAGAACUGGAACCCAUAGAAAAGGCAAAACCAGCAGUGAAACCAAAGCCAGCCGUUCAACCCAAAUCUGUUGUGCUGCCUGUUGUUCCUUCAGUACACUCUGUUGUUCCUGUUAUUCCUGCUCCAGCCGUUAUACCUUCUGUUCCUGCUCCUAGAUCAACAGCUCCGGAAGUUUCUGCUGUACCACCACCUCCUCCCACAAGAAACUACGUCAGAUCCAAAGCUCCAAUACCAGUAGCCCAUCCAUCAAAUGAACCACCGCAACUUGAUUUGGAGAUGUAUUCGGGUUGGUACGCUGAUGUCAAUGGACCAAUUAAUUUUCCUGAGGCAUUAGCAGGCUUGAACAACCAAAGUUCAAUGCUGUACUCUACAUCGGGUGGCAUCACUAACUACGAGAGACGUAUAAGUUUAAGAUUGAAAGAUUUGUCGUCUAUCAGAUAUGUAAUAAAGUGGUCUAGUAAUAAUGUAGCAGGAGCUACGGUGAAAAUCGACAAGUUUAUUCCUUCUCCAAUCUCAAGCAAUAUUCCAUCCAAGGAGGAAUUGGUAGGGUAUCUGCAACAAUAUGGAGAGCAUGUUGCUUCGUGGUGUGAACAUAGAUAUGGCCAGCAAGUUGGCCGAGGUGAGUGCUGGGAUCUUGCCAAAGAAGCUUUGGAGAAAGGGUGUGGAAAGCACGCUUUUGUCAGUGAAUACUAUCAUCACGGUUAUCCUAUACUUCUGGUUAGAGGUGUUAAUGGUAUUAUGCAAUUGAUAGAUGACAAACAACCGUUGGACGAAGUGAGGCGUGGAGAUAUCCUCCAGUUCAAGAGCUGUACAUUCUACAAUGCUGCUAGUGGAAGAACCCAAACCGUCGGAGCUCCAGACCAUACUUCCGUAGUUUUGGGUAAUGUAGGCGGCAAGAUUCUUGUGGCAGAGCAGAACGUUAACAACGUUAGAACCGUUCAGAAUGGAGAGUAUAUUUUGAGAGAUUUGACUCUGGGAGACGUUUGUGCAUAUAGACCAGUUCCUGCCAGUUGGGCAGGGUCAUUGUAG